AAUGGCUUCGGCGGCUUGGUUGCAUGGCCCCAACAUAACGCGGAUAACAGAAGGUCUGGUGUCUGUUCUGAAAGAGGAGAGACCCGAAUACCUGCCCGCUCUUCUUGCUAACUACCGUGAGCAUGGAGUGGUCGGUACUCAGAGCACCGGAGCUGUGGGUGGUCUGGUGGGCAUCAGUAAUGCACGUCUCGGGUCCAGUAAAACCAGGUUUGAGGGUCUUUGUCUGCUGUCUGUGCUGGUAAAGGACAGUUCAAGUGAGGUGUUCCAGCAGCAUUGCCUUUCAUGGUUGCGAUCGCUUCAGCAGGUCAUUCAGUCGCAGGCCCCUCUGCCCACAGUGCAGCUUGCUGUGAGUGUGCUGCAGGACUUAUUGCAGUAUUCGUCCCAGCUGCCAGAGUUGGCCAGGGAGGUGGGCCUCAACUCCAUCCUGGGCAUUCUGACCUCCCUGCUCAGUCUCAAAUCUGAGUGCCACCUAGCUGCAAUGAAAGGAAUGAUGUCAUGUAUGAUCUACUACCCACGGGCCUGUGGAUCUCUGAGGGAAAAGCUCGGUGCGUAUUUCCUGUCUAAGAUGGACUCCGAUAAUCCUAAAGUACAAGAGGUGGCUUGUGAGUGUUAUGGCCGGUUGCCUUGCCUGGUUGGUAUGUUGGAACGAGGAGGAGGUGGGCGCAGGGCUGAAGGAUGGACCAGUCAGCUGCACUGCCUUUUGGCAUCAGCCAAUAGCAUAUUAGGGCAAUUAUACCAGGGCUCAGAACCAGAAGGGACUGUGCAGUAUGAGGGUCCUGGUAUGGAACUGCCUUUCCUUCCUCUGGAUGAUAUAGAUCCAUUACUGAUUCUUCAGCUCCAUCAUCGUUAUAAAGCCAUUUGUCUGGCGCUUAAACACACUCUAAGUGUUGAUCCAGCUUCUUCAGUCCGUCUACCUGUUCAAAACGUCCUCAAUUUUGUGUGUCGAGGCCUGGCAGUCAGCACUAAGAGUAUUAGUGCAACAGGAGAGGGCAGCCUGAAGCUGUUGGUUUUACCCUCCAUUCACAGCGACACACUUGAGCUGCUCUCUGCUCUUAUCAAGGCUGUAGGUUGUGGAUUGGUGCAGUAUAGCAGUGUGCUCACCAGGCUUUUCUCACAGUCUCUGUCUGCAUGGACACCUCUGCCUGAAGCUAGUCUAGGCCAGCAGAGAGCAUACAGCGCAGUGAGAGUGGCUAUAUACCAUAUUAUAGAACUGUGGGUAAGAGUAAGCGGUGCCUCUUUGCUUCAAGGAAGCUCCUCCCACACAGAUUUACUAUUCACUCAUCUGAUGAGUGACAUUACACCUGGAUCAGAAGUAGUUAAGCUUCGUUCAGGACAACAGUCCACUAUGACCAAUCUUGUUGGUUCUGGUAGUAAGCCCGGACCCCGUCGAACGAAAGGUUUGGGAAUUGGUGACGGAAUAUUGCUGCAGAGGAAAGGAGACAUGCUAGCCAAUCAAGACACAUGUGUCGCUUCUCUUCGAGCACUAAGACAAAUUAUUCUGACAAGUGGAACUUUGUUGAAGGAAGAUCUGCAUAAGAGGUUACAAGACCUGGUGGUGCCUCUAUGUGUGAAGCUUCAGCAGCAGGCUCAAUGUGCUUUGGAGGUUGGAGCUGUUAGUGGGCAAUUUGGCAGCGCUACACCACGCAGAGAGGUCUACCGCCUCUUACUGGCACUUGUGCUGGUUCCCUGUCCCCGCUGGCCUCCUCCCCUCUCCUGCGCUGUGUCUGCCUUCAGCAUUGGCCGGCGAGAUCACAACAUCAUGGUAUCCUCAUUUUGUGCCAAGGCCCUCACGAUAUGCAACACCCUUAUUCACCCUCGUACACCCUCAAUCUCCCUCCCUCUAACUCCUCUAACUCUCAAAUCCACCCCAUCUGCCCCUGUCCUUUCUGGCCAGAACCCCUCAUUAUCCAUCCCUACCCUUCUUGGGGGCCCCUCAACAGGGCCACCCUUCCCUGUCAGGCAUCCCAUAGGUUUAGGCCCUGCUUCACUCCUUGGCUCUCUGGAGAACCAUCUUCCUUUGGCUCCUCCAGUUCUUCCAACCGCAGCAGGCCCUACUGCCACCCCAGGUGAGCUGGCUGGACUGGGAGCCCCUGAAAGCCAACGGCAAGUUUUUGUCCGCUAUGACAAGGAGGAGCCGGAGGAUGUGGAGAUCUCCUUGGAGAGUGAUUCAGAUGAUAGCGUGGUCAUCAUGCCACCAGGUAUGAUGGAGGUGCAAGAUGGAGCUGCUAAUGCACAAACGAUGCCAAUACCACCACCACCAGGGGGCACACUACCACCAACUGUCCCAGUAGUGGGUGAGGUUGGAUCAAUUGAAACGCCGCUAACUAAUGAGCUGCCCACAUCCAUUCCCCACCAGAUUCUCCCAGCUAAUGCUAAUAAUAUUAACUCUUUCCCUGGUCCAAGCCAGACAGCCCAGCUUGUCUCUCUGGUGCCUUCUCUGAACUCCACUACAGCCCCACUCUCAGCAUCACCUGGUGGUCUUGCAGAUUCGCUGACAGGUGGUCCUCAGCUUCAGCAGAUGUUGAUGCAGACAUCUCCAGGUGGCCAGCCACCUACACUGGGCAUAUCUUUACAGAUGCAGCUUCAAAAUCCGCUUGCCCAGACCAGCCGUCAGCUCCAACAACAGCCCACAGCAAAUGAAGUGGACCAAAACGUAAUCAACAUCAACAGUUCAGAUGAUGAUGAAGAGGAGGAAGAAGAGCUGGAAGAUGAAGAUGAAUUGGGAGAAGAGGAGGAGGAGGAGGAGGAGGAAGAAGAGGAGGAGGAGGAGGGCCUGGAGGAUGAAGAUGAGGAAAGCUGUGGCUUCCUGGAAGAUGAGUACUAUGAGGUGGAUGAAUAUGAUGAGUACGAUGAGGAAGAGGGAGAGGAGGAUGACGAAGAGGAAAGUGAGGAGAUCCAGCCUUUAGCGGUAGACAAUGGAAGAGGCAUGAUUGGUGAGGAGGAGGCUGAUGUUAUGAUCGAGGCUGAGGAGCAGCAAGGGAUGGGAAUGUUCUGCAUGGAGAGAGAGCAAGAGGUAGAAGGAGGGAUCGAGGAGAUGGUGGGUGUGAGGAGUGUCUAUACUGAUGAUGGGAAUAAGGGGAAAGGGACAGUGGAGGAAAUUGAGAACAUUGGUGCAGUCGAGAGAAAUGAUGCUGAGGUUGACAAGCGACAAAUAGAAACCCUUUUAAUCAGUGGAGAUGUAGAGGAGCGUAAAGACACCACAGUGGAAGCUGUUGAACCUGAAGUGAGAACAUGGGAGCAGGAAGUGACAAAACCAGAAGUCCUCACUGCCACUGAAGAUGCUGGACCAUCUCAGCAUUCUCAGGAAUUGUCCGUAGAGGGUGAAAUUAAAGAGCAAGAGCCAGAAUUACCACCAGAGGACAAAACCAAUCAGAGUUCACCAUCCACAUCAGAGCAAGCAGUUUUACAGAGUGUAAAUGAGACACCUGAAGAAGAGAAAGCGAGUGGAGAACAGGGAGACGAUGCAGAUGCAAGAGGAACAAAGAGGAAAAUGGAGGAUAUGGAGGAGGGCGAGUGUACUUCGCAAGGCACAGAAAAGAAAAAGAUGGACGAUGAGACUAUGGCCUCCAUGCUGGCUGACUUUGUUGACUGCCCUCCAGAUGAUGAGGAUCAUGGUGCCUCAAAAUCACAGUCCUAAACUGAUCAGACUCUCCAUUUUCUCAAUUAUCUCAUCAUACAAGCAUUGAAAGGAACAGUUAGAUUCUGAAAGAUCCCUCACAUUGUCAUGUCUGAUUCUGCUUUAGUUAGACUCCUAAUAGCUUCAAUGUGGUUUCUUUGAUGAACUAGCUUGUUUGAAUUUCAGUUCAAUACCUUGAUUAAAUAAUGCCCACUGCAAAGACUAUUAGUGAGAGUAGAGUUUUUGGAGCUCAUGGUCAGUAUGUCAUAGUUUUUUUUUUGUUUAUUCUUUUGGUCAAUUUGCAGAGCAUUGUUAACAUUGAAGCCUACUGUUAAAUUUUGAGUACAGUAACCUAUUUUGUCCUACAAGUGUACAAAAAGCAGAUCAGUUUUUAUCAGUUGGUUGAUAUGUUUUGUUUUGGGGCCUUUUUUUGUGUAAUAUCAUUUGUAUAUGUAAUAUUUGCUUGCCAUUGUUCACCGAGUGUUUAAAAAGAAUCAUGCAAUAAAGUUAAACUGUUACAUGGUACUUUAUGCUGUUAGAUU